CGCUCGUCGGGAUCAGCUGAUCGCCCUUUUCAAACUCGCGGAGCUUGAAGCCGAUUGCUUGGAACAGGCAAAUUAUGCUGGGGAUGUCCGGCUUUGUUGAUGUCUGUAAAAACAAAUGCUCAACCAUUUAACGGCCCACUGGAAGAACUGUCGAUUCGCAUUUUUCGGAUUAAGCGUCGAGACGGAUCCCGUCCUAUCCAUUAUCAUCAGGGUACGGAGCAACAACCGCCAACAAAUAUAACAAUCGAACAACCAACGAUCAACCGAAAAAAUUCAGCAGUUCAACACGAAAAACACUCCCGCACUGCCUCCCAAAUUCAGCCGUUUACGGCACUCUGUACGGUCGACCGCGAACGAUGAGACACUGACUGCUGACACCUAUUGUUGAUGUUUACGAUUUUUUCUCCGAAUCCUACGGUGUCCGUCCCUCGCGCUCAAAUCCAAGCCGAAAAUUCGCGAGUCACGUGGCUCGACGUUGCUCCGAUUCCGAGCCGUUCCUUUCUGCGCGCGCAAUGUUCCCGCAGUCUUAUUGCAACCUGGAGACGGUGUCGAUCGGCCGGUGAUAACACCAAACUUAUAUAUAGGUAGUCCAGAGCCGAGGAUUUGGCAAACUGAUCCUCUAGACACCGGUGAAGCAGUUAUUUUUCACCUUUUUUACCCCGAGAAGCGAUAUGUUUGCAGGGAGGAGAGCGAUCGUCAGCGGAGCUAUCCGAGGCAAGGAGGCUCUUGUCAGGGCCAAGCACACGCUGCCAGACCUGCCUUAUGAUUACAGGGCUUUGGAGCCAAUCAUCUGUGCUGAGAUUAUGCAGCUUCAUCACUCGAAGCAUCAUGCCACUUAUGUAAAUAAUCUCAAUGUGGCCGAGGAGAAGUUGAAGGAGGCCACUGCCAAGGGAGAUGUAAACACUCAGAUUGCACUGGCUCCAGCUAUCAAGUUCAACGGAGGUGGUCACUUGAACCACUCUAUCUUCUGGCAGAAUCUUUCUCCCAAUGGCGGCAAACCAGAUGCUGCCCUUGUGAGCCAGAUCGAGAAGGACUUUGGAAGCAUGGAGGAAAUGAAGAAGCGACUGUCCGAAAGCACAGUUGCUAUUCAAGGUUCAGGCUGGGGCUGGCUUGGCUACAAUCAAAAGGAGAAGAGGCUGCAAAUCACCACCUGUGCCAACCAGGAUCCUCUGCAGGCGACCACAGGCCUGAUUCCUCUGUUUGGUAUUGAUGUUUGGGAACAUGCUUACUAUUUGCAGUACAAAAAUGUUCGACCAGAUUACGUCAAGGCAAUCUUUGACAUUGCUAACUGGAAAGACGUCAGCGCUCGUUUCAAGAACGCAGCAGGCUGCUAAGCAUAUAUAUACCUUAAGCAUUUAAUAGUGCAGUUGUAAAGACAUGAUGUUAGUGCUAUGAAGUUUAACUCUCAUAUCGUUAAUGAUAUUAUUAGUCUGCUUCUUUCAAUAUUACAUGAUCUGUGAUCACAUUAAAUGAUAUUUUCACUAUAUCAAUGACGCAUGUAAACUUUCGUACUAAAACAAAAAAAAAAAAACUUUUAUAUCUGCAAACAUUCGCUUUUACUUAAUUUUUGUUAACAAACGUUCCGCAAAAAUUGUAAAAUUUUUAAAUACUUGUUUACUCGUAUAAUUUUUCAAUAAAAUGUUUAGUCUUUAAAA